CCUUAAGGUAAUACCAAAGUUUUCACUCUUCAUCAAUGAUCUUCACUCCAUCAUCACUCUACUCAUAGAGUCCACUGUACAAUAGCACUAGUUGAUAGUCAUCACAUUCUGUCUCGCGAUCAAUCACGAUGGCUUCGGACAAUGCUUUAUGGGAGAUUAUUCGUCCUGCUCUAGUUCGUCUUGGAUUGUAUACUGUCUCUGAUCCCACAUUUGGCCGUUACAAUUUACCUAUUCAUCCUCCGCAUAAAAAGCUCGUAGACGAUCCCAAUGUUGCACACACUUGGCGUCGUGUUUUCUUACCCCCUGAGAGCUCGUUUGAAUCUUUACAAGAGGCCUACGAUACAACAGAGAUCCUGUAUGCCGAAGACGUAACUUUGCAACCUCAAGAAAUUGAAUCUGGAUUACAACGAGGAGGAAGAUGGAUCUGCUAUAGCAUUUGGGAAAUGGUGAAUGCUCCAUCCGGCGGGUGGGAAGGAGGAGGCAAGGGCAAGGGGAAAGAUCUCGUCUUGGUACAUGGUUUAUCUGACUACGGUCUGAGAUAUGCUCCUCACAUUCCUCAUUUUCUAAAGGCUGGCUUCAGAGUAAUUGUACCUGAUUUACCCUCUUAUGGUCGCUCGACUGGCGUUCACUCAUUCCUUCCUUCCCUGCUUUUGCUGAGUGCGGCCCUUCACGUCGUUCUCACGGACACUGUAAUGCGUGAUUUGGACGGAGGGAGAAAGCAAAGCAAAGUUUUCCUCAGUGGAGCAUCUAUGGGUGGUUGGGCAGUCUUGUAUUACCUACUCAAAUACCCGCCUACACCUUCUGCUACCGCCGUCGCAGCAGCGGCAAACGAACAUGACGUUCCUCCUCCCGAUGGCAAAGGAUAUCGCAAGCUGGAGAAACACAAGGGAGACGAGAAACACCGCAUACAGAUCGCUGGUGCCUUCGUCUUAUGUCCCAUGGUGGAAGUGUCGAAAAACUCUAGACCUUCCAUCCUUGUGGAAGGCUUCGCCAGAGUUCUCAAGUUCUUUGCGCCUACACUUCCAUUAGCAAAAGCAGUGAGAGGUAACGUUUCCGACGAUCCAAGGGUCGAAGAAGAUUUCUACGCCGACGUCCUGUGCUAUCAUCGAUGGCUACGAGUCGGGACGGGAUUGGCUCUGCUCGAAGGUAUGAUCGAGCUUGAAAAGCGUGCGGGCGAGAUUGACGUUCCAAUUCGUUUGGUUCAUGGUACUUCGGAUCGAGUGACGUCCCAUUUAGGUACGCUGAAGUUGUUUGACAGGUUGCCCAACGCGGAUAAGGAAUGUCAAUUAUAUGAAGGUUAUGAACAUGUCAUGAUAAAGGAAGGUAUAGAUGCGGCAGACGAUGAAAAGCGACAAAGAGUCCUCGCCGAUUGGCGUAGUUGGCUCCUUCAGAGGUGUUGAAACCCGACGAGUGAUCCAAAAUCCAAAAGGAUAUGACGCUAGGGAUACAGUUCUAUGCAUAAUUUUCAUUCGUC